AUCAUUCCUGUACGCUGCUUCUCGUGCGGUAAAGUCGUGGGCGACAAAUGGAACGAGUACAUGGCAUUACUCUCUCAAGGAAUUAGUGAAGGUGACGUGCUGGAUGAAUUGCAGCUAAAACGAUAUUGUUGUCGACGUAUGGUCCUGACACAUGUCGACCUGAUCGAGAAACUGUUGCAUUAUAACAGUGCGUGUCUUACAACAGUCUACUUUGGAAAGUGGAUGAUGUUUAUCUAA